AUGAGGUUCUUCAGUAUAAGCCUAAGGAAAGCCGUCCGAUUACCUUCGCCGCAUAAGGUAUCCUUUAAGCAUCCGGACCGUGUCACAACCAACGUCUCCAAUGAACUACGCGCCCUUUCCAUGAUGCAUGAUAUAAUGGUGGUACUGACCUUUCUGGCGGUCUUCAUUGCAGGCGUCUUCGGCUUUGUGCCUGAAAAGGGUGGCUUGCAAUACGAACGCCUGACUAAGCCGAUCCAACUAACUCAAGAUCUCGGAGCUUCGCAAGCUGUCAAUCCGACAGCAACCAAUUCGUGGUGGUCAUCAUCCUUCAUCCAUGCAUCAGACGACCAUGACUACUUGGUCAUUGCCCACGUCUCUUCGCGGAACCCGGAUGUCUCGGCAGUGCUACUGCGUGCCUCUAUCCUAGACAUCAAUGACACAAAAUAUUACCGACAGGUUAGUUGGUUAUACAACGAAUCCAGUAGGCCGGCGAACGCGCGGCGUGCGCCCUCUGGCGUGGCUACGAAAUAUUUCGGAUUUGUGUCUGUGGAUCCAGACAAUCCUCUAGACAAGAUGCGUAUUUGGUGUAUCACGGAGAGUGUUGAGUUUAACCUUACCUUUCAGUUAUCUGCUCCUGUCGUCUUGAAUGGAGGCACUGGGACAUUUCUGUUUGGCGAUGAGACUACGUUUCAAUGGUCAAUGCCUGCUGGAAUUACCGAUGGUCAUUUUUCUGUCAAUAGAAAGUUCCUCACUAUUGAUUCUGCUCGCUCUUUGACUUGGUACGAUCGUCAACUCAUGUGGCCGACGGAUGGGCCGGCAAAAUCGAACUGGACGUGGUUUGAAGUACACCUCGGCGAGCAAACAAUGUCAAUCUGGGCGUGGGAUACCUUUGAUGGACAGCGCUUCCAGUUCGCCACGGUCAGGGAUAAGCCAGGAAUACACCAGGUACUUGCUGUCACUGGGGUCACCGCGUCAGGCCGUCAGUGGACUUCACCCUGUUCUACAGCUAGCUAUGCUCUUGACUGGGUCGUGGCUCUGGUUGAUGGAACCACGCUGCAACUAUCCAGUGUUCGCGAUGACCAAGAGUUGUGCGACCAGGAAGGAACUAUAGCAACGUAUGAAGGAUACAUUAACGUGGCUGGCACCCGGGAUGGCCACCCUAUUUCCGGGUACGGGUUGGUUGAGAUAGUGCCAGCGGGCAUGAUAAAGAAGCCAAGUUGA